CCCGCUCGGCCUCACAGCAUCCAGCCCCAAGCGCCGACGUGCAUCCUGCAUCCCUCGCUCUGUGAUCUAUCUUCACUAUCUUUACUCGAGCGCAUAGCAUCUUUCGCUUCUUCGCCUCCAUUAUUUUGUACAGCAGAACUACCCCCUUCAUGUUGUGACGCUCAGCUAACUCCACAACCGUGGCUUCCUCACGCUUCUCCCGCCUGUUCCUGGUCGCGGUCGCCCUCUUCAUCUCCUUCUCCGCAAUCCUGGCGACUCUCCGCUUCGGCGUCCGCGCACCCUCCAUCCUCAACUACCUCCGCCCCGCCAGGAACCCGUUCCAGGUGCAGUCGCAGCGCCCGCUUAUGAACAGCAGCAUGGCGCCCGCCAUGUACAAGAAGCCCCCGCAGUUGCCGCCCAGGUUCACGGCGACGCCCGACAGCCUGGUCUCGGACACAAAGAAGCUGAUUGACAGGUCGCGUAACAUCCAAGAUGCCAUCGUCAAGGACGUGACGGCCGCGAGCGCCAAUUUCAAGAACGUCCUCCUUCCCGUCGCGCUCGACGACAACAAGAUGGCCAUCGAGUCGCACAUCAUCGGCUUCUACCAGGCCGUGUCCACGGACAAGGCCCUCCGCGAUGCGUCGACCGAGGCGGAGAAGCUGCUGGACGACUUCAGCAUCGAGUCCAGCAUGCGCGAGGACGUCUUCAAGCUCGUCGAUGCUGUCCUCAAGAAGAAGGAGUCUUUGGAUGCGGAAUCGCAGCGUCUGCUCGAGAAGGACCACAAGUCGUACAUCCGUAACGGUCUCAACCUGGACGCGGGCGCGCAGCGCGAUCGCUUCAAGGAGAUCAAGCAGAGGCUGAGCGCCAUCAGCAUCGAGUUCCAGAAGAAUCUCAAUGAGGAACAGGGUGGCAUCUGGUUCACGAGGGAAGAGCUGGACGGUGUGCCUGAGGAUGUCGUGGACGGGUUGAAGGUCGGCGAGGGCGAGAACAAGGGCAAGCUCUGGCUGACGUUCAAAUACCCGGAUUUGUUCCCUACCUUGAAGUACGCGACAAAUGCCGAGACCCGCAAGCGCGUCUUUGUUGAAAACGAGAACAAGUGCAACGAUAACGUGCCUUUGUUCCGUGAGGCUAUCCUCCUCCGAGACGAAGCCGCCCGCCUUCUUGGAUACAGCAACCAUGCCGAAUUCCGGAUAGAGGAUAAGAUGGCCAAGACACCCAAGACUGUCAACGACUUCUUGGGAGAUCUACGCACGCGUCUUGCGCCCGGCGGCCAGACGGAGAUCAAGAAGCUGUUGGAGCUCAAGCAGGAGGAUCUCAAGACUAGGAGUCUUGGCGAUGAUAACUCCAAGUACUUCCUAUGGGAUCACCGCUACUACGACCGUUUGAUGCUCGAGCGUGAUUUCCAGCUCGACCAGCAAAUCAUUGCCGAGUACUUCCCACUCCAGACCACCAUUCAGGGCAUGCUGAAGAUCUUUGAGGAGCUCUUUGGUCUGGCUUUUGUAGAGAUCACUGGCGAGGACCGCACCGCACUGGCCGAUGGAGGCAAGGGCUCAGACAUUGUCUGGCACGAGGACGUCCAGGUCUUCAGCGUGUGGGACGAUGAAGGCGAAGGCGCUGGAUUCGUUGGUUACCUGUACUUGGAUCUCUUCCCACGAGACGGCAAGUAUGGCCACGCAGCCAACUUCAACCUUCAGCCCGGGUACAUUGACGAGAACGGCAAGCGCCGCUACCCUGCCACGGCGCUGGUGUGCAACUUCUCCAAGCCGACCCCGAAGAAGCCGUCGCUGCUCAAGCACGAUGAAGUCGUUACCCUUUUCCACGAGCUUGGUCACGGCAUUCACGACCUUGUCUCGAAGACCACUUAUUCGCGCUUCCACGGCACCAACACGGUUCGCGACUUUGUAGAGGCACCUAGCCAGAUGUUGGAGAAUUGGUGCUGGACCCCCUCUCAACUGCGGUCACUCUCACACCACUACUCACACCUCUCCCCCGAGUACGAGGCUGCGUACAAGGAGGCAUCAGGCGCAGACAAGAAGCCUGCUGAGCAGAUCCCCAAUUCGCUCAUUGCGAACCUGAUCAGCACCAAGCAUGUCAACGAUGCACUGUUCAACUUGAGGCAGCUUCACUUUGGCAUGUUCGACAUGACUGUCCACGAGCCCAAGAGUCACGAGGACAUUGAGAAACUGGAUAUCACGAGUACCUACAAUCAGCUCAGGCACGAUAUUUCGCAGCUUGAUGGACCUGAGGCUAUUAGCGGCGACUGGAAGUGGGGUAAUGGACAGGCUACAUUCGGUCACUUGAUUGGCGGUUAUGAUGCCGGUUACUACGGCUACCUUUCGUCUCAGGUGUAUUCCACGGACAUGUUCUACUCGGUCUUUAAGGAGGACCCGAUGAACGGCAAGGAAGGUCGAAGGUAUCGACAUACAGUCCUCGAGCGGGGUGGCAGUAAAGAGGAGAUGGACAUCCUGGAGGAGUUCUUGGGGCGCAAACCAAGCACUGAAGCGUUCUACAAGGAGCUUGGCAUCUCGAAAUAGAUGGGUAGAGUAGAGACGAUGACGCGAUGAUAUACCACCCUGGCUUGCACUGAGGCAGACAGGUCAUCGAAGGUUGUAACCGAGUUCGUUCUCGAUUUGCAAUGACGAAGGGAGCGACUGGUUGAUUCCCAGGUCGUAGAUGAAAUGUAACGUGCGAAUAAUACCUACGUGUUGUCAAC